UCUUCUUUAGUGUGUCGAUAAAAAAUAUUAGUUACAUUUCCAAACAUUUGUUUUGCAAAAAGAAUAGACUAGAAGCAGAACAAGGAGUCCUGCAACAGAUGGGAUGACCCCCACAGAGCCCGAACCACAACAUCAUUGAGUCAGUCUGGGAUUAUACGAAGACACAGAAGCAAUUGAGACAGCCUAAAUACAUAAAACGGUGCAAGCUGCCAGCAGCCUUGAAAAACUGUGUGCAAGGUAUAAGGCGGGCAGUGGUGGCUCAGCAGUUAAGGCUCUGGGUUACUGAUCAGAAGGUUGGAGGUUCAAGCCCCAGCACUGCCAAGAUGCCACUGUUGGGCCCUUGAGCAAGGCCCUUGACCCUAUCUGCUCCAGAUAACAUGGCUGACGCUGCACUCUGACCCCCAGCUUAGCUGGGAUAUGUGAAAAAAAAAAAAAAAAAAAAAGAAUUUCACUGUAUAUGUAUAAUGUGUGAUUUAAUUAAUUAAUUAAAAGCUGGUCACACCAAUAUUUGAUUUAUGUCUACAGCACUUUGUAUGAAGUUAAUUGAUAAAUAAAAAAUAUUCAUAGCAUUAUUAUUAUGUUUUAAAACAUCCUCACAAUACAACUUCUUUCAGAACUACCUAAAACUCUUGCACAGAACUGUAUAUGCGGGUAGCCAUGUGUGCCUGUUUUACUGGUACACCAUAGUCUGAUUGACAUCUGUAUACUACUGUAUGUGGAGAUGCAAUUGCACUAUCUCGCCACUAGGUGUCGCAAAGGUCUCACAGCGGGAGUCGGCGCUGUUGCUGAGGGCCAGUCACCGGAGCGUAUUGAGACAAACGACGGCCGCUGUCUCGAGAAACCGCGCGUCUCUCCAACACGGCCAAACUGGGACCACGGCCUGCGGAUAUCGACCACUUUGGCUUUCAUUUGAAAGCAUUUAAACUAAAUCAAAAGCAGUCCGCUUCGAGAGCUCAGCAGCGAUGUCGGAGUUUCUGGUGAAUCUGCUCGGAGAGCGGCUCGUCAACGGGGAGAAAGCCGAGGUGGAUGUGCAUGCGCUGGGCAGUGCGCUGUCUCUGCUCGGGCUCUACUUCGGCUGCAGUUUAAACGGUCCCUGCAAGCAGUUCAACGCCAGUCUCUGUGAGUUUUACAGCAAGUUUAAAAAAUCAUCCGAGCACAAGGACAAAUUGGAAAUCGUCUUCAUCUCAUCGGAUCAGGACCAGAAACAGUGGCAGGACUUCUUGCAGGAGAUGCAAUGGCCGGCGUUGCCUUUUAAAGAUAGACACAAAAAGAUGAAACUAUGGAACAAGUACAAGGUGACCAGUAUUCCCUCUCUGGUUUUCAUCGAUGCAGCCACGGGGAAGGUGGUAUGUCGGAAUGGCCUUCUGGUGGUACGGGACGAUCCGACAGGCCUGGAGUUCCCCUGGGGGCCGAAGCCCUUUGCAGAGGUGGUGGCUGGGCCCUUGCUCAGGAACAACAGGCAGACGACAGAGAGCAAUGUCCUCGAGGGAUCCUACGUGGGGGUUUACUUCUCUGCACACUGGUGUCCUCCAUGUCGCAGUUUAACCCGAGUGUUGGUGGAAUCAUACCGGAAAGUGAAAGAAUCAGGGCAGAAAUUCGAGAUUGUGUUUGUCAGUGCUGAUAGGUCAGAGGAGUCGUUUACACAGUACUUCAGCGAGAUGCCGUGGUUGGCGGUUCCGUACACAGAUGAGGCCAGACGGUCACGACUCAACAGACUCUAUGGAAUCCAAGGUAUCCCCACACUGAUUCUACUGGACACAGAGGGUCACAUGAUCACGCGGCAGGGGCGAGUGGAGAUUCUCAAUGACCCAGAAUGUCGGCUGUUCCCGUGGCAUCCACAACCUGUGCUGGAGCUCAGCGAAUCAAAUGCCGUACAGCUGCAUGAAGGGCCCUGUCUGGUGCUGUUCGUAGACGCGGAAGAAGAAGGCGAGCUUGAACCGGCAAAGGAGCUUAUCCAGCCAAUUGCAGAGAAGAUCAUGGCCAAAUACAAGGCCAAGGAGGAGGAGACGCCACUGCUCUUUUUUGUUGCUGGAGAGGAUGAUAUGAGUGAUUCACUGCGGGAUUACACCAAUCUGCCUGAGGCUGCACCACUUCUCACCAUCCUGGACAUGUCGGCUCGUGCCAAAUACGUUAAAGACGUGGAGGAGAUCACACCGGCCGUGGUAGAACAAUUUGUCAGUGACUUUCUGGCCGAGAAGCUCAAACCGGAGCCCAUUUAAUGAGGGGUGAAACAACCCCCACCCUGCUACCCGAACCUCCAUCUGACCCUUGACCUCCAAACAGGCUCUCCCUCUCCUCCUGUCAAACUGUUCAAACAGAAGCUUACUUUCUAUUGACAUUUUGCUUCUUUUAAUACGUGCCCCUCCAUCAUGAAGUGGCCACCUCCUCCUGUGGUGCCUUGCAUUUACUACUGCGCAGAUGGUAAAUUGCAGAUUUUCUUUCGCAAAUUAAACCCUAUGGCUGCAAGUGAACGCAACUUUGUUUUUCUUGCUUCUUAUUUGCUUUUACCAAGAUUUUUUUAAGAAUUUCCUUCUAUCCUUGGAUAUUGUUUCAAGAAUCAAGAACAAAUAUAGCUUGGCAGAUGUAUUACUUUUCUGGAGGAUUAUCCACAGACACUGCACAUUUUAUGUGGCCAUAUGUUCUGCACGGUUGUGAUUCUCUUCCUAUGGGUGCUGAUAAAUAUGCAUACAUUAACAAGAUGAUGUUAAUAUCCUUGUAUAGAAGGCACUGUUAAAUCAUUUGUGUAGCUGCCGCUGGUUAUUUUUUAAAUGCAGUUGUCUAGAGUUGAUUUUUAAAAGGACUUUGCCCAACUUCUUGUUGAUAUUUGAUGUUGACUGAUAGGUUCCCAUCUCAAACAUGACAUUUAUGUGGAUUUUCUGUGAAGGUCCCCUGUAUUAAAGCAGUCUGAUAUUUUUGGAAUGAACAAAAACAGCAUUUAUUGCAAACAUAUUAAAUUUAGCCAGUUAGAGCACAAAGUCUAUGUUUCUCCUUGGUUGUGUUUUAAAUGACAUCUUGGCCAUUAAAACUCACUGUUAAACAUAUUUCUGUGUUCUCUUUAUACCUAUGGCUAUGUUGUUAAUACCAUACCACCAUAUUACUCCAACUACUGUAUAUCUGCAGUAUACAGUAUGCACAGUAUACACUGCACAGUGUAUACAUUUUCUGUUUGCUUAAAAUAGGUGUCGUGAGUCCUUUUUUUAAUCUAAAUCUCCACUUUCACUUUUACAUCUGAAAGUUAAAGUGGAGAUUUAGAGUAAAAAGGGAAUUUUUAAAUAGUGAAAUAUUUUAAAUAUUGUUCCGUUUCUCACCCACACCUAUUAUAUUGCUUCUGAAGAUAUGGAUUUAACCACUGGAUUCAUAUGGAUUACUUUUAUUCUGCCUUUGUGAUUUUUGGAGCUACAAAAGGUCUGAUCACCAUUCACUUGCAUUGUAUGGACCUACAGAGCUGAAAUAUUCUUCUAAAAAUCUUUGUGUUCAGCUGAAGAAAGAAAGACAUACACAUCUGGGAUGGCAUGAGGAUGAGUGAAUGAUAAGAGAAAUUUCAUUUUUGGGUGAACCAUCCCUUUAAAACUUUGGUAUUGUGAAAACACUCAAGCACCCUCUCCUGGAUAAAUGAAGUCAUGAUAAGAUUAAAUCCAAUUGUCAGAUUCCCAGGUUUUAUGAUCCAAAACAGU